UUGGUUCCCAAGGCAACCUGUCCAUCCCCAACCCUCAUCCCUCAUCCCUCGACUCUGGCAGACUUAGAAAAGUGGACGAUUCAGGAGGGCUGAUGAGAAGAGAGAAAAUCAACCCAAAAAAGUGACUCUGGGACUCCGCGGCUGUGUGGGGAAAAGGGCUGACGAGGCAGCAGCCGCCGACCCUGAAUGGACCGGUGACAAAAGCACCUCUUACAAAACCGGAGCAUUUCUUCUUCCCCAGAGUCCAUCAGUGCCCAGAGGGGAAGUUAGAGCUCCACACAUCGGCUGAACACGAUUGUUUCCGAUGAUUCAUGCAGAUCCUUUCGUCUUUUCUGCAUUGAUCUCAGGGUGCUCCAAACGCCGGAGCACAUGGGAUCAGAAGUGAGCUGGGGCUUGGUGGUAAAGUAGAGAUGGAUUUGAGGUCGACAGUUCUAGUCGUUGGGGGAUCUUUGUGUUCUUUCAAACUGCUGAACACGUUAGUCAGAUUCCUGCCAACACUUGAGCCGGCAUGCAAGAAACAGUGGAAGUGGAGGAACACGUGGACGUCUUUGGCUCACAGCGCGCUGACAGGAGCGUGGGCGGUUUUAUGUUUGCACCGUCAACCUCAAAUGUUGGAGGACCUGAUCACCUCUCACUCCUUGCUCUCCCACAGCCUGGUAGCUGUGUCAACAGGUUAUUUUAUCCAUGACUUCUUAGAUGUGGGAUUAAACCAGCCACUGAAACAGUCAUGGGAGCUGCUCGUCCACCAUGGCACAGUGAUCUCCUGCUUCAGUUUAGCCGUGACCUCCCGUCUCUACGUGAGCCUCGCUGUGGUCUCUUUGCUGAUUGAGAUCCACUCCGUUUUUCUUCACAUCAGGAUGCUUCUCCUCCUGUCAGGACGGAGGAACAGGCCGGGGACUGAAGCUACAGCCGCUCGCCCCUCUGUGGCCUACAACCUGACCAGGUGGCUCAACAUGGGAACGUUGUUGGUGUUUCGUGUCUGCACAAUGGGUUGGAUGACUCGCUGGCUGGCGUCCCACUUUGAUCUUUUGCCUCGCUUUGUCUUGAUGAUGGGAACCGUAGGCACGAGUCUCAUCUCCAUGAUGAACGUGGUGCUGUUUUACAGACUGCUCAGAGCGGACUUCCUCACCAACACUCACAACUCCAACAGCAACCACUAGAGGGAGCCUCUUCUGGGAAUGAGCUGAUCAGAUGGUUCAGUUUUCUACAUCAUGAUGUGGAUAGUUCUCUUGAAAUUAUAAAGAAUGUACAGACGACAGUAUUACCCUUAACCACUCAGGUAUUUUAUAUGUUAUGUCAUGAUAUUAAUUUAUAUAUAUUGUGUAUGACUUCUGUUAGAAACUGUAUUAAACUGAAGAACUAUAUCCAUAUAAGAGAGCUGAUUCUGAAGCACUGAAGUCUCAUGAUAUCCUUUACCGAGUAAAGACCUUUACUUCAACUUUGA